ACAACCGUGGAUCUAACAAUUUCGUUAAACGCUGAUGUUUAUUCCAGGGACAAUUAUAUUAAGUGCUGUUAAAUAAUAAUGUGAAAUAAAAUGGUUUUAAUCAAACGUUGUGCUCCAUAGUGAAAUUAGUUUAUGUUAAAAUAAAGCAAAAGCGCACAUCAAAAUGGCAGGCCGAAAUCGUCCUGUCCAGCAUAAAAAUUUGUCAACAAUAUUUUCAAAAUUACAGGGUGCAUUUUCUGAUGUGGUUACACAUCCAAAAUAUGCAACAGACAAAAGGACUUUGGACAAAACUUGGAAAUUAAUGGACAAAGUUGUGAAAUUGUGUCAGCAUCAAAAAAUGAAUUUAAAAAAUUCGCCCCCUUUUAUUUUAGAUAUUCUGCCGGACACUUAUCAGAGAUUAAGACUUAUUUAUUCUAAAUAUGAGGAUAAUAUGGCGGCCCUACAUUCUAUCGAACAUUUUAACAUAUUUAUUAUUAACUUGAUGCGGAAGUGUAAACAGGCUAUUAAAUUAUUUAAGGAGGGUAAAGAGAAAAUGUUUGAUGAGAAUUCUCACUACAGAAGAAACUUAACGAAACUUAGUUUAGUAUUUAGUCAUAUGUUAAGUGAACUUAAAGCUUUAUUCCCUAACGGAGUAUUUGCUGGAGACCUGUUCCGGAUUACGAAGUCGGAUGCUGCUGAUUUUUGGAGGACUAACUUUGGGAAUAGUACUUUGGUCCCCUGGAAAAUAUUUCGACAAGAACUGAAUAACGUCCAUCCCAUUAGUUCUGGAUUAGAAGCAAUGGCGCUUAAAUCAACCAUAGACCUCACGUGUAAUGAUUACAUAUCGAAUUUUGAAUUUGAUGUCUUCACAAGGUUAUUUCAGCCUUGGGCCACUUUGCUGAGAAACUGGCAGAUCUUGGCCGUAACACAUCCAGGUUAUGUAGCAUUCCUAACGUACGACGAAGUCAAAGCGAGAUUGCAGAAAUACAUAAACAAGGCGGGAAGCUAUGUGUUCAGGCUGUCGUGCACCAGGUUGGGCCAGUGGGCCAUUGGGUAUGUCACGACGGACGGGGAGAUCCUGCAGACCAUACCGCAGAACAAAAGUCUGAUCCAGGCCCUGUUGGACGGAUACCGAGAAGGAUUUUACUUAUACCCGGAUGGCAGGAACGUCAACCCCGAUCUGUCGUGGGCAGUCCAACCGAGUCAAGAAGAUCACAUCGCCGUCACACAAGAACAGUACGAAUUAUAUUGCGAAAUGGGUAGUACAUUCCAACUCUGUAAGAUCUGCGCGGAGAACGACAAGGACGUCCGGAUCGAGCCCUGCGGCCACCUCCUCUGCACGCCGUGUCUCACCGCUUGGCAGGCUGGGUCCGAGGGCCAGGGCAGUCAGGGCUGCCCGUUCUGUCGGGCGGAGAUCAAAGGAACGGAACAGAUCGUAGUGGACCCUUUCGAUCCGAAAAAGUCCCACCAGCGGCCCAAAACGUCCACGGCCAGUUCUCAGAACGCCUGCAACAUCGACGACGAGGACUUCGAGUUAGAGGAUGCCGGGGAAUUAUGGAAUUGCACAGGAAUUAGCCUCCACGCUUUGGCACUGUCGCCAAGAUCAGAUAUUUCCGCCUCGGCAAGCCCGAUGAUAUCUCCAGGAAGCAGCCCCCGCUGCAUGCGUCGGAAUAUACCGGUAGUGGUACCAAGUGCGGUCCCUCCGCCCCUACCGCCCCGCAAGAGCUCCCCGACCCACGAACAAACAGUCCUACCCACAACUUCGAGCAUCGCCAUGCGAAACGGUACGCACAGCAACCCGGGCCUGAGCGAGGCCCAAUCAGUCACAAACCUGACGCACAACACCAUCGAUAUACCUCAUAUUCCCAAAAGCAAUUCGAUGUUGAACAUAGAGAUUCACAGAAAUAGCAGUUCAGAGAAUGAGGUGGUAGAAUUGAGUUCCCCGGAGACGAUUUAUGGGGUCGUCAUACAGAACUGUGACUACUACGAUAAAAAUAUUAUAGACGUAAAGGUGCCUAAUCGGCACUUGAGUUGUCCCUCUAACAGGAGCGCGCCUAAAGCUGCUAAGCCGGUGAAGUCCAGUACUAGUCCCAAUAUUAGCUAUCAAACGACUCCGGAUCCGAGUUUACCUCAGUACGAAAAUGUGGAUCUGGAGGUACCGCCGAAGAACAAGAAGAAGGUGAAUCCCCUCGAGAGAGAGACGAAUGUUUCUUAUGAAAAUUUAAACAUGGAUUACAUUAAGAAGCUGGUCAGUGAGGGUUAUUCUAGGGAUUCAGUAAUUAAGGCCUUAGGGAUUACUAGGAAUAACGUCGACAUGGCUUGUGAUAUUCUUCACGAAUUCGGUACUAAGCUGGGAUAGCAAACGUAACUGCGUCUUUUCCCUGCGGCAGUAAUUCGAUAGCAAAUUAAAAUUUAGACAAUAUUUUUAGUUGAGUAUAAUCAAACUGGAAGUGUUGAUUUUUAAGGAUCGGGUAUAUGAGAAAUGGAAAGUCGUGAGGGUAACGGAAGGGGCUGUGACGUAAAAAAAGUUGUUGGGGCAGCCUUUUGUUAAUUUCACAUCUAAAAAUUAGAUUUGCCUUGAUUGAACUUGACUAUAUCGAACUUAUUUUUACUUUACUGUCCCUUAGUGUUGUUUGAGAUCUGAUUGCAGCACUAAUAAUUAUUGAUGAAGGAAUUUUAAAUAUUUACAUACAGGGUGUUCAGAAAUUAUGAGCCAAAAUGAGAUAUUUUUUCGAAAACUAAUUUAGUUACGUACCAUCACACUUAUUACUAGUUGGGGUUUUCGUCGUAAACAAAUGAAUAAACAGGUAAAUAAAAAUAAAUAAAUUUGCGUAUUUUAUCAGCGAAAGGUCGUUUUU